AUCUUGGACAGCACUAUAUUCACGAACGAUCUGUGACACGUACCUGUAUUCUCGAGCGAGAUCCCACGACACUCCCACGUACCUACUCCUCCCCGCACAAGAAACCCGAGUAAACGCACGAGGGACGCGUCUAAUCCGCUCGCGAUGCGCCACCUGGUGGUGACCCUUCGCGGGUCGGGCGAGAUCCGAAGAUUCAGCCCGUACUCCGCCGCCGCUCGUCAUCUCUGUGUCGCCGCGCCGCCGCCAUCCGUCGUCCCCGAACACGAACCGGCCGACGAAUCGGACGUCGAUCAUCUGCGACGCGUCGUCGCCUCGUCGCGCCGCCUUCUCGUGUUGACCGGCGCCGGCAUCUCGACGGAGAGCGGAAUCCCAGACUACCGGUCGGCCGGCGUCGGUCUAUACGCGCGCAGCCAGCACCGGCCGAUCAUGCACCGGGAGUUCGUCGAGGACGCGUGGAAGCGCGCGCGCUACUGGGCGCGGAACUACGUCGCGUGGCCGCGCUUCUCCGCGGCGACCCCCAACGCGAACCACACGACGCUCGUGGCGUGGGAGCGCGGACGCCGGCGCCACCUGCAUUGGCUCGUCACGCAGAACGUGGACGCGCUGCACGCGGCGGCCGGCCACCGCGGCGUCACGGAGCUGCACGGAUGCACGCACAGCGUCGUGUGUCUCGCGUGCGGUGACGUCACGCGCCGGCACGCCCUGCAGACGCGCAUCGCAGCGAUGAACCCUAACUGGAGCGCCACCACAGAUGACAUCGUUCGCUAUAGAAUUAGAAGUUUUACCUUCCCGGUUUUGCUUAUGCCUACAGCCAUACCAAGAGUGAUUACAAGGUUUCCUUAUACCUUUGUGAGGUUUGACACUACUUAUCCGCACGGCGAUGAACACGAGGAAUUUAAAAAAGUCGUCGAACAGGCGAAGUCGAACGAGGGACUUCUCGUCGCAGAAGUUGGAAUUGCAGAUUAUGGCGAGAAGGAAAACUCGGACCUUGGAGAUCGCUACAAAGUGAACCAAGACGAUUUUCCUGUCUACAUGCUAUUUAACAAGGAUGACCCUGAUGCACCGAUCCGACACAAAGGCCAUUACAAUGCUGACGCCUUGAAAAAGUUCAUCAGGGAAAAUACAGGACUAUUUCUUGGGCUACACGGAUGCAUGAAAGCUUACGACGACAUCGCAAUGGAAUUCAUGCCAGCCGACGCAAAACUCAGGGAGCAGUUGAUCGAAAAGGCGGAAGCAAAGGGAGAAACCCUGGAAAAUGCGGGAGACAAGAAAUCGGCCGAAAUCUACGUUAAAUACAUGAAGAAGAUGGCGGACAAGUUUGGAGGCGAUGCAGAGGAUUUUGUCGCCAAGGAGACGAAAAGAGUCGAGCGGCUCAGGGACGACGAUCAUACAGCUGCGAAGAAGAAGGUGCAGCUCAACGCGCAGUCCAACAUCCUGCACUCUUUCAGCUUCGCGGCUGCACAGAAGGAUGAGUUAACGCUCACUUCGCAGGUGGUAUUUUUCGGAGACAAUGUUCCCAAGGCGACGGUGGAUUUCGUUUACAAUAAAGUGCGCGAGAGCGACGCAUUGUUGGUUCUCGGAUCCUCGCUGUACGUAUACUCCGGAUACCGUUUCGCCGUGCGCGCAAAGAAGGAGGGAAAGCCUGUCGCCAUAGUGACGAUCGGCGAAACACGGGCGGACGAUCUCGCAGACGUUAAAAUCAGCGCGCGCUGCAGUGACAUCCUCGCUCGCCUCGACGCGUAGCCGCCGGCGCCCCCUUUAGGCGCUAUUUUGAGUCUUUCUCCUGCUUCGUUUUUUAUUUUCCUUUUUCUUGUCUAUCUCUCUCCGUCUGGUCUCUUCUCUGGCAUUUCUGUUCCAUCGCGAGGUGGAGGCAAGGUUUGAGGUGGUUCCAGUGAGGCACUAGCACAGAUGCGUUCUUAAUUGGAGUGAGAAACUGCUAAAUAUUCAUAUUGCUAUAGCAUCGAUAUAUCGAUUUGUACAGAAUUCGUGAAAAUGUGGGUAUGCUAGGUGAUGGUGUUAGUGUGCAUCUUGGCCAGUAGAUGGCACUGUAGAGUCAAUCAAAUGAGUUAUCUUUGAUCGCUCUAGCCAGUAAUCUGUGCAGUUGUGCAUAAAUGUGUGGAUUGUUUUGAAAUACAUGCAUUUGUGCAACAUUUGCACAUAUUUAAGUUUUAAUGUUUCCUUAUUUUACACAAAAUUUGUCAAUACAGCAUAUUUAUAGAAUGUGGUAACUAUAAGAUUUUGAUUAAAUUGACUACGUCACGAAUUUUCCACGGUAAAAUUUGUAAAAAAAA